AUGAAUUUGGAGACACUGAAACAGGGAGCUCACACUACCCAAAUCCAUGAAACCUUAAUACAGUUGGAUACCUGUCGCGAUGAGCCAGUAGACCUCGAGAUCUCGAUGGUCCUUAUCAAGUUUGUUCUUCCGGUGUAUCCAUCGCUACCGGAAAAGACGAAGGUCAUCCUAAGACGUCUAGUGUCCAAGUCGUUCACGUUUUUAGCUCAUCUGGUAACUUUCUCCGCAACACUAUAUGAACAUGAUGAGUUGAGAGAAAUACGCAUAUACCAAGAGUUUUUAGAAGGCGUUAUUAGUCUCGAACCGGGAUGUUUAAAUUUUUAUCUAAAGACAAGUGCUGACAGAAGCGUGGACCGUAGUAGUGUCAAGGCCUUCUUCUUCGGGAGCAAGAUAUUCAAUUCAUUGGCCAGCCGGGUUGAUAUAGCGAAAUACUUAGAAUACCUACGAAUUCAGUGGAAGUUUAUCCUUGAAAAUAAUGAGAUAGUUAAAAUUAAUACGCCUGGAUUCCUAGGUGAAUGGCUAGUAUCAACAAUUCUGCUCAGCCCUGCGCUGGCAGCAGAUAUACUAUUUGGUGAGUUAUUCUUAUUGAAAGAGUCAUAUUUCUCUUCACUUCAAAAAAUAGUAUCAGCUAGCAGUCCCUUAGACCAAAGGAGGCUAAUUUGUAAGUUUUUAGUACCAUACAUUCAAGUUCACUUGACUGUAGACAAUUUGAAUGAUGUUAGGAAGAUUUUAAGGCGGUUCAAUCUCAAUAAAAUCAUGAGUCCAUCCGUAUUGUUGGAAAUUCAGUCUCUUUCUUUAAGGGAGAUUAUAAUCAGUUUGCUGAACAAUCGUUCUUCUACAAAGCUUGCCAGUGCUUUGAUUAAUAAAUUUGAAGAUUUCGCGGAUGAUGAUGGUGACGAUGUGGAUACAAAAACUUGCGAAUUACUCGUGCUUCUUAUAGUACAUAACCUGAGCAAGACCCAGAAGGAAGGAAUAUCACAUAGCGAGCAAUUUCUAAAUGGUGUGACUAAACACUUAACCAGUAAUCAACGUGAGGCCAGGGAGCGGGCAAUGUUUAUUGCCAAGCUUUUAUCAGAUGGUGAACUUAAGUAUGAGAGUGAUUUUAAAAUUCGUAUACCGAACUUAAAGUUCGAAAGCAAUAGUGAGAAUGAAGCCAUCAAUUUUCAAUCCUUGAGAAGUUCACCUGGAUCCAAUAUCCGAACGGUUGCCCGUAAUAAUGAAAUUGUGGAAGUUUCAGAUCAUGUCCAAACCCUUUCAUUGGACCGUGACGAUAGCGAUGAUGAUGACGAAGAAGAGGGGCAUGUUAUGCGGAUUGUAUUUUUGAAAGAUUUAAUGAAAGAGUACGAACAAAGCGGUGAAUCUCGAAAAUCCCCGUUAAUACCACUUUUAAAGCAAACGGUAAAGCUGAUGCGACAAAAGAUGGAUUUCCCAUUAGAGGUUGGUUAUUAUGCUCAAGCCAUCAUGUCAAGCAUAACGUGUUUGAAUAAUGAAUUCGAUGAAUCCCCCUUCGAACAGUGGAGAAUCAAUGCCUUAGUAAGCAUACUAGUCAUUCUUCCAGAAAAGGUUACGGACGCAAUAACUAUUCUAUUCAACUCAGAAUUGUCAUUGCAACAAAGGAUGUCGUUAUUAUCUGCGUUAGGUCUUUCUGCAAGAGAGUUGAGGGGUUUUGACGAUCCAACCAUCGUUAAACCUAAGUUCGAUUUUCCUACAAGCCGUCUACCGUGGGAUAGCCAAAAUUAUGACAGUGCAAAACCUGUUGAAAUUCAAGAAUCAUCAGCGCUUAUGAGGGAGACGAAAAUGGUGUGGAAGUCCAAAAAACUGGAUGGGGGUCAAGAAAAGGAAACGCAAAACCGGUUUAAAAAGCACGCCAAUCUAUUUUUUUAUCCAUUGGCACACGGAUGGUUGAAUGGAAUCGACGUAGGAACAUAUAACCAGCUUUUCAAGUCGCAUUAUUUGACCACACUGCGCAUCGUAUACUCUUGUGCCAAUCCGGCCCAUGAUUUUGAAGUGAUGACACAAUUGAUGGAUCAAGUCAUUAGUUCAGCAAUAGAAGAGGGAAUUCCUCUAGACUAUAGUCAAUAG